UUGGCCCUCCUGUACGUUGUCAACGAGAUCCUCCUCAAGUGCUCCAGCUACGGUGCACCCGAGGUCAAGACCUACUUUCAGGAGCCGCUGCUCGAGGCAAUCCGUUACUUGCGACCUGGACUCCUGAUCAAAAAGGUGAAGAAACUGGUUACCAUGUGGGCGGAUCAGAAGGUCUAUGAGCCCAAGUUGAUGCACCAGCUCCUACGCAGCAUACUUAACUUGGACCAAAAGACGGGCGCAUUGAAGGAGAAUUCCACGGAACAAGAAGACGCGGUUAGUAUUAAGGACUUUGCGCAGUUGCGGAAGCUAAAACAUAUUGAGGAAGUCAACCCUCCCUUAACAGAGUCGGAUCUUACCCCCUCCUGUCUGAAAUACCCUAUUGACGAAGUGUUGGGCCGCGUCAAGAGCAAGGAGGAGGGACGUUCUCUAUCGUGCCAGAUCUCUUCGUGCUCGGAUAGACUUGCGUCCGUUCUGCAGGGUCUGGAGAAGAAACUGGCUGCCCAGGAGGAAGUUUUUGAAAUCCUCGGCAAGGCGGAACUCUUCUACUCAAUUCAACAGAAAGAGGCUGCCAUUGUGGCUAACGUAAGCACAAGAGACUUCGAUGGUGCAUUUUCACUUGAACCGCGAAAGGCCCCUAACUUCCUGGUCUAA